UAGACGCGUGUGUAUAUUUAUAUAUAUAUAUUCGUAUAUAUGUAUAUAUAUAGAGAGAGGGAGAGACAGAUGUAGGAAGGAAGGUGGUUUCUCUCUCCAAAUUGUGUUCGCUGAUAUUGGCGUUGUCUUGUGUGGAUAUUCUGAACCGCUCUGAUUUUGUGUAUGGACGAAUAACCCUAACUUCUCAUCCGUUAGAUCCCAACCCCACUGUGUACGUAGUACAAGUCUGUUUCGGGUUUCAGAUAUUAACAACCUUGUCCGUCCGACUUGGAAUUCAACGUUGUUCCACCUCACUCUCACUUCAAACGCCUUGGAAUCAGGAGCUUCAUAAAAUUUAAUCAAGGAUAUACAAGAUCUCAGAACAAACAGUUGAAGUUAAGGGGAUUAUUGAGUUUAUAUUCUACUGAACUCAAUGGGGGCUGGGGAAGAGAGUGCUGCUGCUACGCCUUCUAAACCCCCUACUUCACUUCAGGAAGCACCUCCAACGCCUUCAUAUCCUGAUUGGUCGAGCUCAAUGCAGGCUUAUUAUGGCGCUGGAGCUACUCCGCCCUUUUUUGCCCCAACUGUUGCUUCGCCCACUCCUCAUCCCUAUCUGUGGGGAAGCCAGCACCCUUUGAUACCACCCUAUGGGAGUCCAGUUCCAUACCCUGCUCUAUAUCCUCCAGGGGGAGUUUAUGCUCAUCCUACUAUGGCCAUGACUCCAACUGCAGUGCAGACAAAUGUGGAGUUGGAAGGGAAGGCCCCUGAUGUAAAGGAGCGGGCUUUGACAAAAAAAUCAAAAGGAAUUUCUGGAAACCCUGGCUUGAUUGGUGGUAAGGCCAGAGAGAGUGGGAAGGCUGCUUCAGGUUCAGGAAAUGAUGGUGCCACACUAAGUGCUGAAAGUGGAAGCGAUGGUUCAUCAGAUGCAAGUGAUGAGAAUGCUAACCAACACGACCAUGCUACAAGUAAGAAAGGAAGCUUUGAUCUGAUGCUUGCAGAUGGAGCCAAUGCACAAAAUAACACUGUUGGGUCGAAUCUUCAAGUUUCAGUGCCCGGGAAUCCUGUUGUCUCUAUGCCUGCAACCAAUCUGAACAUUGGGAUGGAUUUAUGGAACGCAUCUCCUGCUGGUGCUGGAGCUGUGAAAAUGAGAUCCAAUCCUUCUGGUGUCUCAGCAGCUGUUGCUCCAGCAACAAUUGUUGGACGUGAAGGCAUCAUGCAGGAUCAAUGGAUUCAGGAUGAACGGGAACUUAAAAGACAGAAGAGGAAGCAAUCUAACAGAGAGUCAGCGAGGAGGUCAAGACUGCGCAAGCAGGCAGAGUGUGAAGAGCUACAAGGAAGAGUAGAGACACUGAGCAAUGAGAAUCGUACACUCAGAGAUGAGAUGCUGAGGCUUUCCGAGGAGUGCGAGAAGCUAACAACUGAAAACAAUUCUAUCAAGGAAGAACUAACUAGGAUGUGCGGACCAGAUGCACUAUCUAAACUCGAGAAUAAUGGUACGGCACUUCACUCUCAGGGUGAUGGAGGUAACAAAUAAGAAUUUCUCAGUGGGAGAAAAAUUUAUUUGGAAGUUCAUCAGGAAUCCAUGAGUAAUGUUUCUUAUUCUUACUUACCUAAUACCCUUAACCCUUUCCUUUUGCAAGGAAACUGUAACAUUUAUAUAUGUGAUCCUAACAUGAGUUGGGUUCCUUAGUUGAUCUAGCGUGUUGUUGUAAAAUUAAUCAAUUAAGAGAGAAGAAAAGGAGAGAGAGAGAGAGAGAGAGAGAGAGAGAGAGAAGAGUCUUGAAGAGAUUUAGGUCUUCAACUGCUUGAAUACAAUGUCUUAAUUAUUUCUUGUGGAGCAUUCUUUGGAGAGAGACUCACUUCAAGUGCUUGUUUUAAUGUCACUGUUCUUGCAUUUA